AUGAACGGCUCACCUAACAUCCGAACUCGCAAGCAAGCAGCAGCGGCGGAGAAGCAGGCUGGCACCCCAAACGGCCGACCCAAUGGUUCCGCCAACUCCAAACGCUCUUCCUUAAUCCCAGAGCAACCAGAAAACAUUUUCCUAUUCUAUCCUAACAUAAUCGGCUACUCGCGCAUUAUUCUCGCCCUCGCCUCCCUCUACUACAUGCCACUCCAUCCACGUACCUGUUCCCUCCUUUACAGCAUAUCCUGCCUCUUAGACGCUCUCGAUGGCGUCGCGGCACGCUACUUUGAGCAAUCUACCCAGUUUGGCGCAGUGUUAGAUAUGGUGACGGAUAGGUGCACAACUGCGUGUUUGCUCGUGUUUUUGAGCAGUGCAUGGCCGAGAUGGGCGCUAUUGUUCCAGGGGCUCAUCAGUCUAGAUUUGGCUAGCCAUUACAUGCAUAUGUAUGCUACGCUAACGAUGGCGGGAAAGGGAAUGAGUCACAAGAAGGUCGACGAGAACCGGUCGAAGCUGCUCCACCUCUACUAUACGAAUAAGGUACAUAUUCACCUCAUUAGCACAAGGUGCUGUUGCUCUCAAUUAACAUGCUGA